AUGAUUGAAAUAUCAUUUUCUGAAUUGCAAACGACGAUCGAAAAUGAAGCCAAUACAGAAGGGGAAAAUAAUGUGGAUCUUGUGCCAACAACUGAGCAAAUAUUUGAUCCAAAUAUAAAACUUCUCAAUUCAGGAAAAAUCGAUGAGGAUGAUGAAAAAGAUGAUGAAGAAGAGACGAGUAUAAGGGAUAAAAUGUUAGCAAUACGUGACGUUGCUUAUUUUCUACGUCGACAUAAAUUUCAUGAUUACGACAGAAGAUAUCACACAAAUGUUAACGAUGUGCCAAGACGAUUGUACGAGGACUUUCCAAAACCGCCACUCAAGAUCUUACACUGGGAAGUUCAUAAGGAGUGUGAAACCAGCUUUGUCCUUUGUCUUAAGUACCUUCAAAGGAUAGUGAGUCUCGUUGCUUUGAGGCGAGAAGAUGACACCGUCACAAUUAUGUUGGAACACAAUUGGACACUGCCUAAUAAUACUCCACAGAUCAACAUAACACAAAGUGAAUGCGAACAAAAAAAUAAAUCAGAAGAACAAUUAUUCGAACCAUUUAAAGGACCAAUUGAGCGAUUUCAAUGGCGCACGUCUGCGAGUUAUUACAUGUGUUGGUAUACGAUGCUUGGUACACAUGAAUUGACCCAUUUUGGAGAACCGUGCGAUAACCAUGCAGAUUGUUUGGGAAUUUAUGGGACCCAUAACAAAGAUCCAAGAGCAGACGACAAAAACCCAUUUGCCUGUGCCAUCUACAGUUUCUGUCCUGAUGCAUGCUGUUCUAUGAAGCAUAUCACAAAUUGGAAAGAAUGUUACCAAAAUAAUCCCUGCUAUGAAAAUAAUCCACCAAAUAAACGUGAAUGUAAAUUAAGCCCAUCGGAGAACCAGAAUUUUGAAGCUUUGAUGAGAAAUGAAAUAAACGUAACAUGCCAUUGUCAAAAAUCGGGUUAUGAGUGGUCCUCUAGAUAUGGAAUAUGCAUCGAUGUGGAUGAGUGCAUCACUAAUAAACACAAUUGUUCUUUGAGUUUGGGAGAAAGCUGUUUCAAUUUGCCUGGCGAUUUUGUCUGUGUCUGCCAGUUUGGUUACAUUUAUAAUUUACAAAAGCAAGGAUGCAUACCGGAUCUAAUAGUUGAAAAUCUAUUACACAAACGUAGUAAAAUUCCUCAAAAAAUGAUUCAACACAAAAUGGAAUUCACGAGGAUGAAACGUAAUGUAAAAGUUAAGGCAGAACACUAUACGUGUCGUUGA